ACAACAUGGCCGCUCCACAGAAAGACAGAGGCUUUGCGCUGAAGUCCUGGGAGAACAGAGACUCGGCGGAGGAAGGAAGAGACAGACAGACUCUGUUCGAUGCGUUUCACGGGACAGUGAGAGAGAAGAUCGUGCUGCAGCGGCUGAUAGUGAUUGCUCGGCUCCCCCACGAUCUUGCUGACAGGACAGAACUGGGAGCUCAUUAUGAAAAACUCAACUUUCAGUUAAGCAAACAGUACAUAUGGGAUCAUAUGACAGGCCUGCUGUUAGUUUAUCCAUCCUGUCUGCUGCAUAUCAUUGAAUCAUCCAGGGAUAUUCUGGUUUCUGUUUUAAAAGACCUGAAAGACAUGCAACAACAGAAAGGCGGUGCACUGAUGGAAGCUCCAAAGGUUGUGUUUAUGGCACAUGACCCUCAAAACAGGCUGUUCCAACAGUGGAGCUACAAGGUGCUGGAUGCAGAUCAGGGGGCCAGGGACCCUGGAGCUAAGGGGCUGGAGGAAGAAGACGAGAGCACAGAGACUCUGGUUUGCAGUGUCCUGUCAGCGCUGCAGAAUCUGGGCAAGCAGCUCGAAAUAUCUAAGAAGGCUCUCCCCGGGUUAGUGCUGGAUGAGACUCCAGAGCUGAUCGUCUCCCAGGAGGUUCUAGAAAAGCUGUUGGCUCGAGAUGAGCUCCAGAGUCCACAGCUGUACCUGCAGAUGUACAGCUCCCCCCUGAACAUCUGCAUGGACUUUGGACAAGCUAUUCGAAGCAGCUGCCUCACCACAGUUUAACUUUUUGGACAGAGGGUCGAAGAAUGUGUUCGGCCUUCACUAAAGCACCGUGGAUGUGACUGAAGGUUUCCUGGUGGUGAGAAAUCACUGCGAUCCAACCAGAGUUUUA